AUGGCAUCUCUUCCCCUCUUCACUAGCUGGGCGUCGGAGGUUAAGCAAACACUCAACAUCGAAGAGAAGCCCAAGAUGAACGGCACAAGCACUGAGGCCGCGCCAGCGGUGAACGGUGUCAGCAAGUCCAACGGCACUGAUGUCAAGUUCUCGACCAAGCCGAACAUUGGUGUUUACACGAACCCCGCGCACGAUCUUUGGGUCGCGGAGGCAGAACCGAGCCUCGAGGAGGUGCAAAGAGGAGGAGAUUUGAAGCCGGGAGAGGUCCUUCUGAACGUCAAGAGCACCGGUAUCUGCGGUAGUGAUAUUCACUUCUGGCAUGCGGGCUGCAUUGGUCCCAUGAUUGUAGAGGACACUCACGUCCUGGGUCACGAAUCUGCAGGCACAGUCAUGGCCUGCCACCCCUCAGUCACAAACCUCAAGCCCGGUGACCGCGUAGCUAUCGAGCCCAACAUCAUCUGCGGUGAAUGUGAGCCCUGCCUCACAGGUCGUUACAACGGCUGCGAGCGCGUACAAUUCCUCUCCACUCCUCCCGUCACCGGUCUCUUGCGCCGUUACCUCAAGCACCCAGCCAUGUGGUGCCACAAGCUCCCUGACAGCAUGACAUUUGAAGACGGCGCCAUGCUCGAGCCUCUCUCCGUAGCCCUCGCAGGAAUGGACCGCGCAAACGUCCGCCUCGGCGACCCAGUCAUUGUCUGCGGUGCCGGUCCUAUCGGCCUCGUAACGCUGCUCUGCUGUCAAGCUGCAGGCGCAACUCCCAUCGUCAUAACCGACAUUGACCAAGGCCGUCUCGACUUUGCCAAAUCGCUCGUCCCAGGCGUCCUGACCCACAAAGUCGAAUUCAGCCACUCGCCUACCGACUUCCAAGACGCCAUCCUCAAACUCACAGACGGUGUUGAGCCCUCGCACGCCAUGGAGUGCACUGGUGUUGAAAGCUCCAUCAACGCUUGCAUCCAGACUGUCAAGUUUGGCGGCAAGGUCUUUGUUAUCGGUGUCGGCAAGAACGAGAUGAAGAUUCCUUUCAUGAGACUGAGCACCCGCGAGGUGGAUCUGCAGUUCCAGUACCGAUACUGCAACACAUGGCCUAAAGCUAUUCGGUUAUACAAGAGCGGUGUCAUUGAUCUGAGCAAGCUUGUUACUCACAGGUUCAAGUUGGAGGAUGCGGUUGAGGCGUUCAAGACUGCGGCGGAUCCUAAGACUGGUUGCAUCAAGGUGCAGAUCCAGAGUUUGGACUAG